AGCGUAAACGAGACGAUCCUGGUCGAAUGUCCGUGCCAUCAUGGAGGUGACCGACUCGAUCGCCGGCGAGUGACGUCUGUCAAAAUGUGAGUGACACUCGCGCGGUUUCGAAGCAGUCGCGACGAGCCUCUAUCACGCUCCUGUUUCCAUCUCCACGAGGGUCGAGAAGAGGAGGCAUUCGGCGACAAUCCGCGCGAAAGCUCGGGAUCAAUGGCGGUCGCGGCGAGUCCCUUCGACGCCUGGCUCAGCAAGAAGCUGCAGGCCCUCAAUACGGACGAGGGUGUCUUCGGUACGUACAUCAAGGGCAUCCUCGAGAGCGACGAGCCCGAGGACGAGAAGACCGAGGCGCUCGAGAGCAUACUCGCGGGCAUAACGGAGGAUAGUAUCAGCAAACAUGUAGCAGAAAUCUUGAGUGCAUGGGCAGAGUGCUUGCCAGCUAAAGAUAUAGCCACGGCACCUGCACCAACGGAGGAUGUCGAUGUCAGAUUGGUCAAGAUGUUGGAAUCUCAGAGUCUGCCUACGACAACUCAAAAGAGUUACACAGAGGAAGAAAGACGAAUACGGGAAGCUAUAUUAGCGCAAUACAGUCAAAUGUCUGAUGAAGAUAAUAGCGAAGGAGAUGGAGAAGAGGAUGGAGCAAGUGGCGGAGACUGUGGAAUUGAAAAGAAUUUAAAUGCAGCCACUAUUGUACAGCAGGAGAGAGAAAAAAGAGAAAAGGCCAAGCUUGAAAGUCAGAAAAAGAAAGAGAAAGAUAAAGAAGACAGAGAAAAGCAAAAGCAAUUGAAAGAAGAGAAAAAAGAGAAAAGGAAAACCCAAAAAGGAGAGAGACGAAGGUAGCAUCGAAACAAAAAUAAUGCAAAAUUUACCUCAAAAUUAUCGAAUACAUAUAUGACGCUGUAUUCGUAUACAUCUAUCCUUAUUGUCGUGCAUGCAACGAUCUCCGACAGUUAUUUAAACCAGUCAAUCAUCUUAUAUUUUCGUUAGAACGAUAUGUGUGUAGUAUCUGUUGGUAGAAGAGGAAUUGUAGACUCAAUACGAACACAUCACAAAAGAAUAUCUUUUACGAUAUAAUGUUGGAUCAUCCUGUGCCUUCUGUCUAAAACAUCGUUCCCUUCUUUGAAAGGUUAGUUACUUAUACUCACCCUUUUUUUACUCUUUAAAUAAUUUUAUAAUUUGUAUUCAGAACUCUAUGCUAUAUAUAAUAUUGUUGCUAUUAAAAUUUAACGACACCAUUAUAUCACCACUUAAUCACCAUUAAAUUAAAAGCAA